CCGAGAAAUGACGCGGAGCCAAGAGUGCCUCGUGCUGUCGUCGCCGGUGGCCGACAGUCCCAUGCCAGACGUUGCCGGAGACACCCGGCUUGCACCGCGGUCUCCUUUUUCAACUUCUUUCGCUCCUCUUGUCGCCGAAGAUCUCUCCGAGAAAGAUCUCUAGGGAGACAUUUGACAUGCUCGAGCGCUUUGAGACAAGCGAAAAAAGAGCGUUUUCUUCUGCGCCGACACACGCAUGUGCAGUCUAGAAAAGAGCGUCGCGAAAAAAGAAAAACGCUGGAAAAUUGUCUUCUCUCUGAAAGAGUUGUGAAGGCGCUUUUCUCUCUGACUCCGCCUGUCUCUUUCUUCCUUCACACCAGUCCUCAAAGCUCCGUCGUGCUCCACCGGUCUCCAGUAGCAGACCUUAGCGCCCCCGUCGCCCACCCCCAUUGUCUCUUCGUUGUCUUCUCUUUGUCUCCUCUUUGUCUCGUCUUUGUCUCUCUUUUGUCUCGUCUUUGUCUCUCUUUUGUCUCCUCUUUGUCUUUCUUUUGUUUCUCUCUCUCUUUUCAAAGUCGCUCUAGUCCUCGCGCCUGGAGGUUCCGUUCCUCCUUGGCAACUUCUCUCGGCGACGCACAAAGGCGCUGGAAAAAGGAGAGAGAAAAGGGAGAAGGGAAGAAGAUUUGAGGAGAAGAAGUGGAGGCAAAGAUGGGAGACUCUGCUGUCGCCACAGACGUCCUUUCCCUCACAGGCGGCUCCUUCUCUCCCCACACAGCAGGUGAAAAAUCGAAUACUUUGUCUCUCUUUCUUCCUUCUUCCUCUCGUCCUUCCUCGCGUUCACCUCCUUCGUCUGCGUUCUCUCCGCGUUCUUCUCUCUGUGUCUCUGCUGGUCCUGACUGCUUCUCUCUUUCCUCGGGGACCCCUGCGUCUUCUCUGUGCGACUGUUUCGAGGAAGCGAAAGAAGAACAAGAGUCGAAUUCUCGGAAGCCGAAGAAACUUUGCCAUUGCCAAAAAGCGGACGCAAAACUCCGACUUCCUUCUCUUCGUCCACCUCCUCCUCAGUCGCCUACCUUUCUCUCUUCUUCCUCUUCUUCUCCCUCGUUUCCUCUCUCCUCUUCAUCUGCUUCUUCCCUUUCGUUUCUGUCUGCUUUGCCCUCUUCUGCUCUUUCUUCUUCGUCUGUCGGUCGGAGAGUGAAGCAGGAUCUGAACCUGAAAAGUCUCUUCCAGGAACACCCGUCUUCCCAGCCUCGUCCUCGACACAGAAGAACGGCGAGAAAUUUUCUUCGGGUGCGAAGACGCGACCGUUCCAGUGGAACUCUCUGCAAGGCCUUCUCUGCUUCUCGUCUAACGCUUUCUCCAAGGUUUCCUCGGAGGUCCUUCUCUCGCUGCCGCUCUGUCUCUCCAGCUCCUUCAGGCAUCUGUUCUCUUUCGGUGUCUCUUUAUCCCGGUCCUUUCGCAAAGACGAUGGCGUCUCCGUUUCCUUGUUCUUCCCCUUCAUCUGAUUGGUCUCUUGUUUCUUCUCGCUUUGCUUCUGCUCCUCCGUCUCGCUCUUCUGCAGCGUCUCCUCACUUCCUCCCGGGUGCCUUCUCGGGCGCUUCCUCGUCGUCUCGCUUGUCUUUUUUCUCUGGAAGUAACCUCAGACAGAGUGAAAACUGUUUGAAGCGCAUGAGAUCGAAUUCGCUCUCCGAAAACAGUGUUUCGUCUUCUCUGAAGUCUCUGCCUCCUUCCCUCUCGCCACAACCUAUCUCUGGCGUUGCAUUUGUUGCGCCUCUCUCUUCUUCUUCUCGCGCGUCCUCUUCUCUCUCUGCUUCUCUUUUAUCUCCUCUUUCUUAUCGCUCUGCCUCGUCUCCACGACUCUCCGUUCCUUUACUCCUCUGCUUGGCAGUGCUGUGCGCGUCAGUUGCAUCGCUUCCUCUCUCCGGUUCUCGCGCGCCCAACUCUCGCGCCUCUCCGUUGGCGUCGUUCUUCUCCCCAUGUUUCCUUUCUUCUCCCCUCUGGCCUUCUCUCGCUACUUCUCGUCGUGCGUCUCCGCUGUCUCCGUCUCCGCUGUCUCUGUCUCCGCUGUCUGCGUCUCUGCACCUUCCUCGAGGUCGCUCUCGGCAGUUCCUCGCCUCGGCUCCCGCGGCGGCGUUGGCGGCUCUUCGGCCUGCGAGAGAGGCUCGCGCCGCAGCUUCUUCGAGGCGUCCAGCUGCGCUUUUUUCGUCUGCUUCGUCGGUCUCUGCAUGUCCGAGCGCAGAGGCGGAGCGCCGGGAGAGAAAAGGCGGCGAGCUGGAGUUGAGGAACGUAGCCAUCAUCGCGCAUGUCGAUCACGGAAAGACGACUCUCGUGGACGCGCUGCUCGUCCAUGCCGCCGAGCUUCAGUCCGCCAGCGACCUGCGAACCAGCUGGGACCUCGAAAAAAGGAAGAGCAUGCAGCGAAUGAUGGACACAGGCCAGCUGGAGAAGGAACGAGGCAUCACCAUUACAGCGAAAGUGUGUUCGCUACGCUUCAAGGAUGGCAGGAAAAUCAACAUCAUUGAUACCCCAGGACAUGCAGACUUCAGUGGCGAAGUCGAGCGCGUCAUGCACUUGGCCGAUGGAGUCCUGCUGGUCGUCGAUGCAGUGGAAGGAUGCAAGCCGCAGACGCGAGUGGUGUUGCAGAAGGCUCUUCAGGCGGGGCUGCGUGCAGUUGUUGUCGUGAACAAAGUCGACAGAAACUCGGCGCGUCCUGAAGACGUCGCUGCGCAGGUUUUUGAUUUGUUUCUCCAGUUGGACGCCUCGGAGGAGCAGGCAGAGUUCGAGGUCGUCUACGCCUCUGCUCUGAAUCGACAGAGCGGCAUGUCUCCCUCUUCCCUCGUCUCUUCCAUGGAUCCUCUCGUCAACGCCAUCAUGCGCCUUCCUUCUCCCCGCGAGAGAAGAGAGGCGCACCUAGCCUCUCUCUCCCCUUCUUCUCCUUCUUCUCCUUCUCCUGCGUCUCCUCCUUCUCCUUCUUCUGCGGGUGUUGGAGGCUCGACUCCCGGGGGGCUGCUGCAGAUGCAAAUUGCGCAUGUGGACCGCAACGCAUACCGAGGCGUUAUGGCCAUGGGGAAGUUGCUCGGAGGCACAUUGAUUCCUGGAAUGCCAGUGGGCCUUCAGCGACCAGGCGAACCUCUCAGAAAAGCAACCUUCACUGGCGUCUUCGAGUAUGACGGCAUGGACCUGCGUGAGCUGUCCAUCACUGCUAGUGGUGGAUCUCCCACCGAAUCGAACGUUCUCUCUGCUUCUUCUCUUUCUCCUUCUUCCUCUCUUUCACCUUCUUCCUCUCUUUCACCUUCUUCCUCUGUUUCUCCUUCUUCCUCUUUUUCUUCUUCCUCCUCUGUUUCUUCUUCUCUCUUGGCCAGUGACUGUUCCAGUUCUUUGCUCGGCGGGUCUGCGACAGAAGGGGUCGCUGAACGAGGACCAGAAGAGGAGCAGAAGGAGGCGUUUCCGCGUUCCGAAAAUUUGGCUGUGGUGCGGAGCGCUUCGUCGCUCCCGGGGGAUAUCCUCGUCCUCGCUGGUGUCUCGACAGCUGUGCGCGUCGGAGACUCCGUGGUGGAUCUCGUGGACCCCAGACCGCUCGCGCCUAUGAAGGUGGCAGAUCCCUCAGUUUCCAUUCAGGUGCUGGUGAAUACUUCGCCCCUUGCAGGCAAGGAAGUGGAGACACCGACUUCGGGGACCAUGCUUCGGCAGCGCCUCCUGGCGAUGGCUGAAAGAGACGUCUCGCUGCGCGUCGACACGAAUCCAGACGAAGACGGCAUGCAGUCCGCAGGAGGCUGUUCAUGCCUCCUUCGCCUCAGCGGCAGAGGGCCCCUGCAUCUCGCUCUCGUCCUUGAAACGCUCAGACGCGAGGGAUUUGAACUUCUUGUCGCUGCGCCCUCCGUUCUCCCCAGAUGGGGGGACGACGGGGAGCUUCUGGAGCCUGUUGAGGAGAUGGAAGUUGCUGUGCCUCAGGAGCACAUCGGCACCAUCAUCAACGAAGUGAAGCAAAGAAAAGGAGACCUUCUUGAGGUUGUCAGUGCGGCUUCGUCGUCGGCGUCUGCGUUGUCGACCCUGAUUUUCCGUCUGCCCACAAGGAAGGCGUUUGGCCUGCGCUCGUCGAUUUUGACGGCGUCCAAGGGAACGGCGUCGAUCCACGCGGCGUCCGGAGGCUACCAGACGGUCCCGAAGGGCGAGGAGACGGACGGCCUUGUGAAGAUUGCUCGGAAAGACCGACAUGCGAUAAUGGGGUCUUCUGCAGAGUUCGCGAAAAGAAAGGAGAAGUCGGGAUCCGCGUCCAAGGGCUGCAAUGCGUUCAUUCCCAAGGAAGGUGCGAAGCAGUCCGGCGGCUUCAACAUCAAGCGCGGCAUUGAAGGUGCCGGCGGCGGGAAGAAGAAAGACCGAGGCUUCCUUGUCGCCACAGAGGAAGGAACUGUCACAGGCAAAGGCGCCCUCAGUGCGCAGGAGAGAGGCCAGCUCUUUGUUGCACCCGGCGACCAAGUGUACGGAGGCAUGAUUGUCGGUCUCAACAGCAGAGGCGGGGAUCUUCCGAUCAAUGUGUGCAAAGCGAAGAAGUUGACGAAUAUGCGAGCAGCGCACAAAGAAAUAAGUGAAGGCAUUGUCCCCCCCAUUGAGGUCACCUUGGAUUACGGCAUGGAGAUUAUUGGGGCAAACGAGGUGAUGGAGGUGACACCGCGCAGCAUACGACUGGCUGUGCGGUCUGCAAUGCGGAGGUGAAAGCUACAUUGCGGAGGUGGAACUCGGAGCAGUAGAACAUUGGAAAUCUUUGUGUUCUCUUGUCAUUGUUUUUCCGCUCCAUGUCUGCGACUAUUUUGAAGCUACCCGGGUCACUGACGCACACUGUCUGUGUCCACCUCAGUGAUAAGGUACUGUCGUGAUAGAGUGCAGUUCCUUGUUGAAGACGGACCACGUGAUAUUUUGUGGCCUUUCCGUGGGCGCUUCCUGAAAUUUGCGGUGAGGAAACACCAUCACGAUCCAAGGCCUGCGUGUAACAGUGAGGGACCGCACCACGGGG